CACCUUGAUGGGUGAGAGACGUGCACACAGGUGAGGUAUGAUCACUGAGUGGGCCGUCUUACCUUAGACAGGAGAGUCAACCUUCACCAGGUAAACAUCAUAACACUAAACACUGAGAUACUAAGCUAGCCCACUGUUUAAAUCUGAAUUUAACACAGAGCACUGUUACCAGCUUUGCUGCAUGAAUUGCUGCUGAAAGCAACAGAGAAGACCAAAGUGUGUUUCAAGACUAAAUGUAUGUGAAAUACGAGACCUUUGUGACACAAUAAAUGCCUUUAUUUUCUCCAGUGUCACGUACCUGAUUCCAGCGACACCUGGUAUCUACCUACCGCUCAGUGAAGUUACUGGAGAUCUAUCAGAGAUGGCUGAGGACUUGACACCUGAUCAGUACGGUCAGGUGUUAGAGGAGAUGACACCCAUACUGGUGGACACGCUGACACUAGACUCACAGGUGUACUCAGAACUGCUACAGAGUAGACUCUAUAACCACAACAUGGUCAGCACCAUCAGGACACAGCCAACAUUUUCUCAGAAGGUGAAAGAAGUUAACCAUUUCCUGGUUGAAAAGCUCAAAGAAAACACAAACAAUUUCAACACAUUUUGUCAUGUGUUGACAAGCACUGGUCAGGGUCCCAUCUCUAACAUGCUCAAACAGGCUGUCAGGAGAAGAAUUAAAGAAUUAAAAGCUGCAGAAGCUGAUCCAUAGAGACUCCUGUACAACCAUGCACAAAUGAACACACCUGACAACGGCCUACGCAAACUGACCGUAGCAACAGCUGUGAUACUGUCGAAUAUUCAUACUACUCAUCAGUCAAACGUUAAAGUAUCAAUGAAAGUCAAGAAAAACAGUUUUAAUUCGUUAGUCUUUAGGAAUGCCACUGCACUCUGCAUAGAGAAUAAAGAGGGCUUCUCCAACUCUGAAGUCCUGGUUAUCACAUCCAGUUUGAUUUACUCAUUUAUUUACAUGAACUAUUAACACUGGUAUCCUUAAUUAGAUUCCAAGCCAAGAUUUCCUUGAAUCUGGAAAAAACCGCAUCACACAAAUACAGUAUUCAACAGUAACACCAGCGAGUAUAAAACCUCCACAACUGCCCAAGCCUGGUAUGUCAGGAAACACCUGUCUCCGUUUCUGAUGUACAUGUAGGCCUAAAUAAAAAAUAUCACACCACACAUUGAGACCAAUAUUACGGGCUUGGGAAUAUCGCAAAAUAAGUAACUAGCUGUUUAUGUAUGUCAAACGGUACAAAACAGUAAUUUUCUUCAAGAAAGGUUUGCAUUCAGUUGUGUCGCUGUUGUUGUGUUUCUCUAGAUUUAUGUCUAGUGUGCGCUCAUAGUCUUUUACUGCCCACUGGUUUACGCAACGAUGUUUAAAAUCAAUUUUUCAGAUAGUCUUCGUGUAAGUUGUAAGUGGCACAACUUGGUAUGAAUGACCAUAAAAGAUUAGCUUUCAAAGUGAUGUAUCCACGUGACAUAAGCAAAAAAUUCCACAAACGUCUGUUUUCUGAAAUUUUUCAGUUUACAUUGGUCUACUAAUGUGUGAAGAGUAUUUAACGACACUGGCAUGAUUAGAAAACAGGCAUUCAAUGGCACAAAAAGUUAAAUCUAUCCAAAACCCUGCCGAGUGUCUUUCCAUGUCUUGUCAAGCUGGUGAGGCUCACUGAGGUGUGACUGAGAUGUGAACUAGUGUAACGGAUCAACUACAGGUAAUCCCCUACUCCCCCACAGAGAGCUUACAACUUAAGUCAACAGCCCUCGCAAGACAUCAUGGUAUACAUUUUCUGAAAAUGUGUCUGAAUUUAUUGAGAAGGUACGGUACUAUUAUUUUAAUACUGGUGUUAAACUCUGCUCAGGAAAUGUUCAUUUUAUAAUACACAGUGGUAAUCAUGCAGUUUUAUAGUUUGAGAAAAUCAGUUACAAAAAUAUACCGGAGUUUCUACAGGAGUAAAUCAUCCCACUUCAAGUAUAUGACAGGCCUCCUAAUUCAAAGCUGCAACAAUUAACCAUUACCAACUGAGCUGGUUACCUCACUGGCCAGUGGAAGUUUGACUGUGGAAAUAGCAGACAUGAAUUUAUCCGAAUGAGCCAACAUGGCCGCACCUUUACGGUGUAUAUCAAUUCUUACCAGCUUCUGACUUGGGCCAGAACAAUUUUAGUUGUUCUUUUACAAGCUGAGUAAAUAUUUUCCCAAUGUCCCAGGAGAGUAUAAAAAUAAAUCUAAUCUGUGGAAAGUGUGGAGUAUCUUGACAAUUUUUCUUCUUGAAGACUUAUUUACAUAAUG